AUGGCGACCGCAGCGUUGUAUGGCAACCUCUUUGCUUUUGAUGAGACCGAACACAAUUGGACGGAGUUUAUAGAAAUAUACGAACAUUAUUUUGCUGCAAACAAAAUAACAGAAGACAAGUUCAAAGUGAGCAUUUUGUGUGCCAACGUAGGCCCAAAAGCGUACCACAUAAUCAAAAGUUUGUGUUUACCGGAGAAACCGGCGGACAAAACAUUUGAGUUUAUCACCAAGGCAGUGAAACAUCACUUUAAACCGAAGCUUUCCGAAGCGAGCGCGAGUCUUUACUUUAACUCGAGAAUUAGGAGAAGUAAUGAAAGUGUCAUGAUGUAUGUUGCGGAACUCAGGAGAUUAGCAGUUCCAUGUAAUUUCGGAGGAUUUCUUAACCGAGCCAUGAAGGACAGAUUUAUCGCUGGCAUAAAUGAUGCAGAAAUCCAACAGAAAAUCUUAUCCACACCAGAUGGAGACCUAACAUUCGAUAAGGCUUUCCAGAUCGCAGAGGCAUAUGAAUCGGCACGCCGCAAUGUUAGAGAAAUGCAGAAAAGUGUUGCACAAGAGGAGCCCUCAGUAAACCAAGUGCACUACUCCCAAAGGCCUAAAGGGAAGGGAGGCCCCACUAGACAGAGGGGUAACUAUGAAAACAAAAGGGGGCAGGUUAAGGGGUCCCAAAAGACACCCAUGUCAGGAGACAAAUCAGGGGGAGAAUGUUACAGAUGUGGAAAUUCCCAUGACCCACAAUCAUGCUGGUUUAAAGAUCAGAAUUGCUACAAAUGUGGGAAGAAAGGCCAUGCAAAAAGUGCAUGCCGGUCCGGGGCUACCAUUACCCAUGUUGAAGAAGAAGUUUUCAGUGAAGAUGAAGAUAGUGAAGGGGGUCCCGAGGGAAUGUAUCACAUUAGGAACCCAGGAAAUAAAGUUCCACCAAUCACUGUAAACCUAGAAGUAGACGGGAGGCCAAUUGAGUUUGAAAUAGAUACAGGGUCACCCUAUACCUUAAUUUCGGAAGAAACCGCCAAAACUCUGCCAAGUUUCCACAAAAUGAAGUCAUCUGAGUUAGACCUAACUUCUUUUACAGGACACAAAUUGAAAGUCCUGGGAACUAUUGAGACUGUUGUCAGUUACCAUGGCAACUCGUGCACCACCUCAGUUGUCGUUACAAAUCACAAGAGGGUUAAUCUUGCCGGGAGGGAUGUAGUAGAGCAGCUUAGCGUGAUAAGUGUAAACCACCUCAAGGAAACCCUGACCCUAGAGACUGUGCUUGAAAGGCACCCAGAUAUUUUUAGGGACGAAUUGGGGAAGAUGAAAGGCACGCAAGCUAAGAUUAUUGUUGACCCCAGCGCAAAGCCACUUUUCUACAAACCGCGCUCACUCCCAUUUGCUAUGAAGAGCAAGGUAAUUGCAGAGAUUGACCGACUCGUGGAACAGGAUGUGAUAGAGCCUAUCAGACAUUCAGACUGGGCAGCGCCGGUAGUCCCAGUACUGAAACCUAACGGUGAGAUUAGACUGUGUGGGGACUAUAAGGUCACUGUUAACAAGGUUUCCAAGGUCGAGCAGUACCCAAUACCCACCUUGGAGGAGUUGACUGCUCAAAUAGCAGGAGGAACUAUCUAUCAUAAGCUUGAUCUCUCUCAUGCAUAUUCUCAGGUUGAACUUGACCCAGAUAGCAGGAAGUUCACAACCAUCAACACGGUGAAGGGUAUGUUUCAGUAUAAACGUCUGCCGUAUGGAGUCGCCAGCGCCCCAGCGGCCUUCCAACGUGCCAUAGAAGAACUGCUGCAUGGAAUACCUCAGGUAGCUGUAUACCUAGACGAUAUCCUUGUGACAGGUGAGAGCACUGCUGAAUCGCUUGAGAAUUUAGAGAAGGUCCUAGCAAGGCUUGAUGAGGCAGGACUGAGACUUAAGAGAGAGAAGUGUGUGUUUAUGCAGGACAAGGUUGUAUACCUGGGUCAUCAGAUUGACAAGACGGGCAUAUCUCCAGUCAAGGACAAGGUUGAGGCACUAGUUAAGGCCAAGACACCGGAGAACGUCACGGAACUGAAGGCAUACCUAGGCCUAUUGAAUUACUACGGUAAAUUCUUGAAGGGUCUGUCCCAGGUCCUUCACCCUCUGCACAAGCUCCUAGAGCAUGGGGUGAAGUGGCACUGGGGACCAGAACAGCAAACAUGUUUUGAACUAACCAAGAAGAUGAUUCUCUCAGCAGGACUUUUGGUACACUAUGAUACCGAAAGAGCACUAGUACUCCAUUGUGACGCUUCCCAGUAUGGCCUAGGCGCAGUCCUAUCCCAUAUCAUGGAGGAUGGCUCCGAACGACCUAUUGGGUUUGCAAGUCGCACCCUUAGCGAUGCUGAGAAGAACUACAGCCAACUAGACAAGGAGGGAGCCGCCGUUGUCUUCGGGCUAAAGAAGUUCCACAAGUAUGUGUUUGGUCGAGAUUUUGAUAUAAUCACGGACCACAAGCCAUUACUGUCACUGUUCCAUGAGGCGAAGCAGACACCGGUCAUGGCAUCGCCCAGAAUUCAGCGAUGGUCCAUAUUGAUGAGGGCAUACCAGUACCACAUGAAGUACAGAGCAGGAAAUCAGCAUGCCAAUGCAGACUGUAUGUCCCGACUGCCUUUACCUGUGAAAGCGCGUACUGAAGACAGAGUAUUGAUGAUAGAAGAGUUAGAAGACUGCUCUAUCUUGACCUCAGAGCAGAUCAGCCAUUGGACAAGGAAAGAUCCUGUACUCGCACAUGUACAUGAGUACCUGUUACGCGGAUGGCCGACAGAUGACACAGAUCCAGCCCUUACACCCUAUCGCAAGAGGAGAGACGAGUUAAGCGUCCAAGAUGGGUGUAUCUUAUGGGGUGCGAGAGUUAUAAUUCCACCCGAUGGUAGAGAUCAAGUCAAGCGAGAGCUCCACUCUGCACAUCCGGGCAUCAAUCGGAUGAAGGCCUUGGCCAGGAGUUACGUUUGGUGGCCCGGAAUGGAUGAAGAGCUAGCAGAGAUAGUGAGGAGAUGUGAUGUUUGCCAGGACCGGAGAAGAAACCCGCCAUCAGCUCCAUUGCACCCAUGGGAAUAUCCCGAUGGUCCCUGGAAGCGGAUCCACCUAGACUACGGUGGGCCGGUCGAAGGUCACAUGUUACUGGUUAUAACUGAUGCUUACUCCAAGUGGAUUGAGACAUACCUGAUGAAGUCAACAACAUCUCAAGCAACCAUAGACAAGCUGCGUGAAUGCUUCGCACGGAACGGUAUUCCAGAUGUUGUUGUAUCGGAUAAUGGUCCUAACCUUAUCUCGGAAGAACUGUCAACAUUCUUCAGUAAGAACGGCAUCCAGCACAUACCGGUUGCACCAGUACACCCAUCCAGCAAUGGGCAGGCAGAGCGAACCGUGCAGACAGUAAAGGAAGGGAUAGAGAGAACGCCUGGAAGAGAUUUGACGACAAAACUGCAGAGAUUCCUCUUCCAAUACCGUGUUACACCUCACACGACAACCGGUCGUAGCCCAGCGGAACUGUUAAACGGCCGGAAGUUGAAAACAAGGUUUGACUUGUUACACCCUGCUCUCCGAGGUCGAGUCAGGGACAACCAGAGUAAUAUGAAGAGAUAUCACGAUGGGAAGACACCACUGAGAGCAUUUACAGCAGGGGACUUGGUAAGAGCCAAGAACUUUGGACAUGGAGUCAGGUGGUUCAAAGGUAAAAUCUCCAAGGUAACUGGUCCUCUUUCGUAUGAAGUUGAGCUCAUAGACGGUAGACUUGUGCGCAGACACAUUGACCAUUUGCUGAAGCGAGAGGCAGACACAGACGUCAAUGAGAAGCCUAGGGGGAAUUCUAAUAUCUCCUUAGGUCCAAUGGAGCUGGCCGGUGUAGACACAGUUCCAAUAGAAAGUCUGGUGCCACCGACAUCCACCACCCCCAUAUGCGAGCCAGUUGCAGCGACACCAGACGAUACUCAGUCAGUGCCUAUUGCUACUACAGAGAGCCGCUAUCCUACGAGAGUUCGACAAACCCCAAGUCAUUUAAAUGACUAUGUUUUGUAA